AUGGAAACACAGGUGCUUAAUGCCAUACAAGUAGCUUUGGAUGGCUCUGCGGACCAAAAGCUCAAAGCGCAGGCCUACGAGUUUCUUAACCAGGUCAAGGGCUCCAAGGAUGGCUACGACACGGCUUUGAAGCUUCUAUCGACGUCGACCACCACGAGCACGAUCCCGGAGUUGAAGUUUUUCCUCUACCAGGUGAUAGAGGAGAAUGUGGAAAAGUUGAGCCAGGAUGACUCAUACCAGCUUUCGCAAACCGUUUUCAAGAUACUAGCAGACUAUAUACACCACGACAUCAAGGACCCGUCAUAUUUGCGCAACAAGCUUGCGCAGAUUUUCGCCAAGACCUUUACACAAGUCUACCUCACCAUCAACCCUGCGUUUCUUGCAAAUUUGCUAGAAACCACUCAGUCGAAAAACCAGCUUUCCAUCGACUACUACACCAGGAUCUUGCUCGGCAUCCACCUGGAGAUUGGCGAUAGAUAUAUCGCCCGCUCGCCGGAACUCUCGGAGCGCAACAUUGUGCUCAAGGAUGCCAUCAGGAGCAAGGACAUGUCCAGCUUGGUUUCAAGCUGGUUCAAAAUACUUGGGGACAACAAUAGCAACUCGGACGAGAUUCUAGAAAACACCUUGAACAUCAUUGGGCAAUACGUCGACUGGAUGGAAAUCAGCUUAUUCAUCUCGCCCGAGUCGAUAAACACCAUCAUUGGGUACUUGGACCGAGAAAGACAGCGCAACGCCACCUGCGACUCGUUGAUCCACAUCUUGUCCAAGAAGAUGCCACCCCAGAACAAACUAGAACUCGUGAAUCUCCUCAAUUUAACCAGCAUCAUCUCGUCGAUUGACUUGUCGGACGACCUCGAGUUUGCCGAGCACAUUGCAAAACUAGCGAAUCAAAUUGGAGAGGAAUUGCUAAUCGUGUUGGGCAACCUGCCAACUCUCUUUGACCAAGUUAAUGAACAGCUAUACAAAUUGUGGCCCAUAGUAUUGACGCUUUUGGCCCACGAGUACGACGACGUAGCGCAAAAUGUCUUUUCUUUUAUCCAGCUGUUCUUGGGAGCAUGCAAGAAAACUCCGCAAUUGUACUCCUUGGAGCUACUUUCAACCCUUUUAAACAAGGUGAUUACGAAGAUGAAGUACGCUGACGACAACGAUAAUGACGAUAGCGAUGGAGGCGGCAACGGCAACGGUGGCGACGAUGACGAAAGCGAACGACUUUUUGCCGAGUUUAGAGCUCGUUUAAAACUAUUCCAAGACAAUAUUGCCAUACUAGCACCUAAUUUGUACAUAGAAGCCAUCCCCGUGGUCAUUAACGAAUCCCUUUUCCUGGAGGACAAGUCGUGGAACAAGCUAGAGUUGGGGUUGUUUGAAUUGAGCAAUUUCUCGGACAGUUUGAAAAUGAACUUGAUCAAUGCACCAAAGAGCAAGCUUGUUGAAAGCGCUCCCUUCAAGAUUUUCCAGGAGUUUUUAGUCAAAUUGAUUGAGUCGUCGAUUGUGCUAGAAGUCAACAACCCUCACAUUCAAGCCAGCUUUUUCGAAAUUGUCGUUAAGCACUAUAGCCACUUGAAUGCACAUGAAAACAGACUGGGCUUGCUCCUUCGGAUUUUGGAGAUCUUUACCAGUCCAUUGGGGUUGUUCAAUAGCAACGAGCGAGUCAGACUUAGAAGCUGGUAUUUGUUUUUCAGAUUUAUGAAGUUGACCAAACCGAAAAUGGACGACGAAGGGUUGAUUGAGCAAAUUGUUGUCAAGUUGCAACCACUUUUGAUCAUCAAGGCCGAAUUGCCCACUUGCACUGAACCAGACGACGACGAUGAAGGUGGUGGAGUUGAUGUGGUUGAAAAUGGCAACUUCAACAACCAGCAAUACUUGUUUGAAACCAUUGGCUUGCUCAUAUCCUUGAUUCCCAACAGCCUUGCACCACUCAAGAACAAACUUCUCCUAGCCGUUUUUCUGCCCAUUUUCAGCGACUUGGAAAAAUGCAUAUCCAUCGAAGACAAGGAGCCAAUCAUUGUACUCCAGGCACAUCACUCGCUCAUGGCUCUCGGAACAAUUGUUAGAGGCUACGACUACGAGGCCAACUUGAAGUUUUCGCCAGAAACGGUUGAAUUGGUGGACAAUGCUGCACAGGUGGUGCUCAUCACUUUGGAGAACUUUUCAAAGUCGGAGAGUAUCCGAGACGCGUCCAGAUUUGCAUUUGCUAGAUUCAUCCCGAUUUUGAAGAACUCAGCCAUGAGCGGCCAUUUGACGAAAUUGAUCACCAUCAUCUGGUCAUCACCGGGAUUGAAAAUCAGCGAGAUUAGCGACUUUUUAAGCUUUCUUGGACAAAUCACUCACAUUUAUAGAAAAGACGAAAACGUUUACCAGCUCCUCAACAAUUUCCUCACUCCGUUGUUCACCAAGGUGUUUGGCAUUUUGGAAAGACCCGUUUCCGAGGAUGAAAGCUUGAGACCGGAUAUCCUCAGAGACAAGACGCUUUUGAAAAAGGCCAUCCUCAACUUUGUCAAUGCCCUUAUCAUCAACCAUUUGGCCAGCUUGAUGGUUACGGAAACCAACAAGAACGAGUUUCCUUCGAUUGUUUCGAACUUGUUCGAGUACGCUUACGACAUCUCCGACACCUCGGCGUCGAAGCUUGCCAUUCUCCAGUUGAUCAACUUGGUCAAUGUCUUUGGCGAAGGCGGCAAAAUCAACGACGACGAGGACAUUUACGGACAAGCAUUGCCUGCCGUGGCGGGGAUAGACCAGUUUUUAAUGGAAAAAGUCGUCAAUUUGUCGUUUGAAGUGCCUUUUCAAAAGCAAGAGUUUGUCUCUAGCGACGCCCAGUAUCGGCUCAUUGCCCAGGACAUUGCCAUGUUGUUGAAAACAUAUCAACAGAAGAAAGGCGAGACCUUUAUCAAGUACUUGGCGGCGUAUUUGACAAACAUGGGUUUGAGCCAGGAUAUCAUGAACACCUUUUGCACAAACUUGGUCAACUUUGACGUUAAGGACUUUAGAAAGUAUUUCGUCACCUUCAUUGGCCAAAUGAAAGGUGAAAAGUAG